AUGCUCAUGUGGCCAUGGCGUCUAGACUGGCUGCUAAUUCCCGACAAACUGAUGCAGCUGCUAAUCAUGCGGCCGCUAGAGCUGUACGAGGCUGUAGCUAUUUUGCCAGUGAGCUUUUUACGUCGUCAUGUGCCUGUCUUGGGCGGCGCUCUUGUGGUACUCAUGACGCUCCAUGGUAUCCUGGUUCGGCUGUUUUUAGAGCUACUGCGCGCUAUCUUUGCGCGCGUGACAUACUCACGUGACCCAGUGUUAACCUUUCAGCGAUUUUGGCGGGCUAUGCAAGACAAUUAUGCUUUUCUAGAGCCUAGACGCGUGGAUUGGCAACUUGUGCGCCAACUCUUUGGGGAUACCAUCCAACCGACAACGAGCGAUGACGAUCUCUGGAUUGCACUUCAAGAGAGCGUGUGUUUAUGCGACGAUUCAUCAAUUGUAGUCUCGCGCGUAGCAGGAGCAAAUUCUGGAGUUUCAGGGCCUAGGACAGCGACGGUGCGAGGUCACAAGCUUUUCACUGUCGCAGCAAUGCGAUAUCAGCAGAUGACUUUAGCUACUAUCGAGAGAGAACAUUUGACGCAAGGUGGUCGUAGAAUUGCAAACAACCGCUUUGUUUGCGGUAUAUUAAAUGCUGCAACCAGCCCAGGAUGGCGAAUUGGCUACAUCUGCCUUACUGCAAUGGAAGGAUUCGUAGAGUUCCCUUUGCCCCGAGUAGACACUCUCAUGCCCUCGUGGUCAAGAGGGGCGAAAUUUGUAGGAAUAGGGGCUGACCAAAUGCUAUUGGACAAGUCAGAAGGAAGUCAAGCAGGCAGCCCUAUUGCUGUACCUGAGAUAUAUGACUUGGAAUCAAUGCGCUGGUCACUAGAAGCAAUAUUGUUGGGCUUAGGAAAUGUGGAUGGGCUAAUAUUAGACCUGCGCUUUAAUCAAGGUGGUGGAUCACACGUUGCAGCAUUGACAAUCGCUUCAUUUUUUGCUAGCGAGAGUAAAGCAGCGCUGGCUUUUACGACUGACGAGAAAUUACCAGGUGCAGUGCCAAACUUUUCAAAACGGAAAAAAUAUUAUAUACCGUACACAUCGCGCUGCACGCAUUUUCGGGGACCGCUGGCUGUGCUUCAAAGCCAGUAUACUCGCGGGACGGCGGAGCUGCUAUGUUUGUCUAUAAUGAAGCGUCCACUUACGUCCCGAAUCGGAGGUACCACUGCCGGAAGUCUGUCAGCUACUCGGCAAUUGCGUUUGCCGAAUUAUUGGACCGUUGACAUCCCACACCAGCGAGUUUUUAGUAUUGACGAUGUGCUAUACGAGGGCGUGGGCAUACCACCUACAGAAUUUGUGCCGGAUAUGGAGCAAGUUUCAGCUCAAAUGGUCGACGGUAAUGUCUCGAUAAGGCAAACGACAGAAGCCACUGCGUCCAGUUCCGCUUUUGAUCCGUGCAUAAGAAAGGCGAUUGAUUACAUUAUGGAUGUAGAGUCAACGCGUGACACGUGA